UAAUUAACUAGGGUAACUAGGUUAACUUGUAAAUUACAGUGGCUUGAUUAGUUGUUUAAUAUAAGACGUUCGUUAUUUGAAGGGCAAAGAAUGCAUUGCAUAGUGAUGUAUCCAGCACGUUAAGCGCUAGCAACACAAUAGACUGCAGUUCAUUCUAAGGAUGCACUUUAAAGCGGCUUUCCGCGCAGUGCGUGGAGAACGUGUUGCGUUUUUGCGCGCGUGGAAACACAUUUUAGACCGAGCUCUGCUCCUGUGAAUGAAAGACCCUCCCUUGUUGCUGCGACGCCCGUUUCUUCAGACCGUCAUCACAAGCAAUCCGCUUCAAUGGGACUUCAGUCUAUUCAAAGCACCAUCGAUUGUGCAUACCUUUUUAAAGGCCACUAGAAUAGCCGAAGGCAAGAUCCGCUGCCGUUCUCAAACACAACGGACGCGUAGCUGGGGGUUUUUCUUUUUCUUCCAGGAGAACACAAUAGGCGCGCUGGAGUUAUGAAGGCUCGACGGAUGACUGGCGCUGUCCGUUCAGCACCACCUCGCUCCCAAUGACACCAUAAAAAACCUUCCUGACGCCCUCAAACCCGAGCCUGGGGGUCGGGAUAUAGGGGUUUUGGAGGGAGAACGCGUUCGCAUCUCGGAAGUCAUUCAACGAUUUUGGAUUUCUAUUGUUGGCGUGGACACUUUGAAGCUCACCUGGCACGGUCGUAAACACGUUUGAAUUUUCCGAACAUGGGUCCCAGCGGCACGAUGACGGUCCACGGGUUGGAGAUAUGACUAGAGAGGUACGCGAUGGGCCAAGGGGACGACAAGGAUCGCAUCGUGAUCAACGUCGGAGGAAUCAAGCACCAGACCUACCGCAGCACCCUGCGCACCCUGCCCGGCACGCGACUCUCUUGGCUGGCGGAGCCCGACGCGCCUAAUAACUUCGAUUACGAUGCGAACAUCGGGGAGUUUUUCUUCGACCGUCACCCCGGGGUUUUCGCCCACAUACUUAACUAUUACCGCACGGGCAAGCUGCAUUGCCCGGCGGACGUGUGCGGACCUUUGUACGAGGAGGAGCUGGCGUUUUGGGGGAUCGACGAGACGGACGUGGAACCGUGUUGCUGGAUGACCUACCGGCAGCACCGAGAGGCGGAGGAGGCUUUGGACAGCUUCGCCGGGGGUGCUCUGGAUCUCGGGCAUGAAGACCCCGAGCCCGAGGCGGUCGCUGAGGCGGCUGAGGGGGACGAGGGUGUUGAGAUGACCCGGAGACUGGCGCAAGGCGACUCGCCCGAUAACAGGUCCGGACGCUGGAGCAGAUGGCAGAAGAAAACGUGGGCGCUCUUUGAGGACCCGUACUCCUCAAAAUACGCACGGUGGGUAGCAUUUGCAUCUUUGUUCUUCAUUUUGGUGUCCAUUACCACGUUCUGUUUGGAGACUCAUGAGGCCUUCAAUCCCAUCAUCAACCGCACAGAGACUUACAUGGUGGGCAAUGAAACACGGGAGCGUGUCUUUCCUGAGACGGAGACUAUGGUGCAGUUAACCUAUGUUGAGGGUGUUUGCGUUGUGUGGUUCACUUUUGAGUUUCUAAUCCGAGUGACUACCUGUCCAAACAAAUUAAAAUUUGUGAGAAAUGCCCUCAACAUCAUUGACUUCGUGGCCAUCCUCCCCUUCUACCUGGAGGUAGGGCUGAGCGGACUCUCCUCCAAAGCAGCAAAAGACGUAUUGGGUUUCCUUCGUGUGGUGCGAUUCGUUCGAAUUCUCCGUAUUUUCAAGCUGACGCGACACUUUGUGGGUUUGCGGGUACUAGGGCACACACUUCGUGCCAGUACCAAUGAAUUUAUCCUCCUCAUUAUUUUCCUUGCACUCGGAGUCUUAAUCUUUGCCACUAUGAUCUACUAUGCUGAACGUUUUGGAAGAAACCUCAACGAUCCUGACGCCAGUAGUGACACACACUUUAAGAACAUCCCCAUUGGCUUCUGGUGGGCUGUGGUAACAAUGACAACCCUUGGUUAUGGCGAUAUGUACCCUCAGACGACAUCUGGCAUGCUGGUGGGCGCACUGUGUGCUCUGGCAGGUGUAUUGACGAUUGCCAUGCCUGUACCUGUAAUCGUGAACAACUUCGGCAUGUACUACUCCCUAGCCAUGGCGAAACAAAAACUACCAAAGAAAAAGAACAAGCAUAUCCCACGAGCACCUCAACUGGGAUCUCCAAACUACUGCAAGUCAGUGAUUAACUCCCCGCGACCCAGCACGCACAGUGACACAUGCCCCCUGGCACAGGAAGAGGUUUCCGAGAUCAGAUAUCAAGAUUUUAAAGUGAAUGGGGAGGCAUCCAAAGCCGCCCUGGCCAAUGAGGACUGUCCUCACAUCGACCAGGCGGUGUCGCCCGAGGAAGUGUUCAGCCCUGUGGACCGUGAGAGACCCUGCUUCCUGCUCACCUCCGGAGGAGAACGAGCCAAUCACACUGGGGGGAGAGUCAGGAAGGAGACCCAGCGCGCCAACCGAAGCAGACAACCAACCGAGUCAGUGUGUGUAAUGAACCAUGGUGUACCAACCACUAUGUGUGUCAACCAUAAAGCCACAUCCCCCACCUGAUAGUACCGUAUUUAGCGAGAGUGUGUGUGCGCGCGCGCGUGUGUGUGUGUGUGUGUGUGUGAGGGUGUGCCAUGCGUUUGUUGUAGAUUAGCACUUCUCUUCCGAGUUGUGACUUAGAAUUAAUUCAGCGUAGAUGUAGCACAGUAACCAAGAGAAGCUGUAGUUAUUCAGCCGUAUGUAGCGCUGUUUCGUUCGUGGAUUAUUGUGCUAUCGUGCUGUGCGAAGUGCCUGUUGUUUUUCCGUUUGUGAGUGUCAGUGUUGUACAUGGUGCCUGUGUGUGCUAGUGGUGUGAAAACAUGACCUUUCUUUUAUCUCGUCGAAGUGUUUGUUUUAGGUUGUUUCAAUGUUGUAAAAAUGUUACUCCAGUCACUAAUCACAUUUCAGUGGGAAAAACAGAAAAAAAUCCAUGAGCUUUGUGAUCAUGUUUGAGUAGGGAGAAAAAAAAAAAGAGCAAAUUGUUUUCCCGUAUUUUGUACUAUUGUAGUUACCAUGUAGAAAAUGCCUUUUGCACUGUUUGCACCGUUCACUUUUACAUUCCUUUCUGUAGAACAAAUGGCGAUUUGAUAUAUUUUGUAGGUCACAUGUUUGGCUGGUAACUUUAGAGAUGCACCGCGUACUAAUCAGACGUGACUAAUCAGGCUCCGCCCACAAUAAAAUCAUAAUUUUACUUAAAUAUUUAUAUUUGACAUGUAAUUCACGUUGAUCAUGUUCUGAUUGGCUGUGAAAAUAUGUAGUCGCUUUUAUUCAAAUACUACAGUGUAUUGUGCAUGUUAUUUUUUGACAGACAAAAUGUUCAUUUUGUUGACUCAUAUAAAAAAAAUAUAUAUAAAAACCAUUAAAAUGAGCAUCCUGUUGUAAAUAAUAGUGAAAAAUCACUUUUUAAUCCUGCCCCGUUGACCUGAUUCAGCAUAAAAAGAUGCUUUUGUUGAAAAUUUGAUGUGUUGUGCCUGGUUAGAACGCGGUGUUGGAUUUGAAGGUGAAAAACUAAGGCUUGAUAGCACAUUAUAGGGACCAAACUCAGAAUUUUUAAAUGAAUGGCAACACCAUCAUUGAGUUUGAUGAGGAAAAUGUUUGAUAAAUGCUUAGUUUGCAUUUGAAACCUCAGUCUGAACACACAAGCUCUUUUGAAAGCCACAUAUUACGGCGGUUUUCGUAUAUACACCAUCACAAGAGACAAUCCUGCACAGAACAACAACACAACUCUUUAUAGAGAACAUACAGGGUUCAUGAUGGAAUAAACGAAAGGAACCGAUACUGUGUCUCAAGUUUGUUUCGACAUUUAUUUUUCAUUGUUGUGAAAAAUGUCAAGUAAACCCAAUUCUUUGGGACCUAACUAGCGCACUGCCAGUUGUAUCACGGGAAAUGUCGACGUUGGGUCGUUUCCUUACAAUAUGCUGGACUGUUCAAAGACCCAACCACAGCAGAGCACAAACAACAGAAUAUAAUAAAACCUCCGAAGGUUCACAGUCUUUACGACUGCAAAGUUUUUGGACACGGUCACCAUCGAACUUUCUGGCAAAAGGCGGCAUCUCAAACGUUUGUGCUGUUUUGUGAGACGUUUCUUGUGUUUUUCAGCACAUUUGCAGUGCGUAGUAUGGAUAGUUAUCUACAACCAGGUGGUGUUUUCAUUGAUGGUUUGAGUUGACAUAUUGUUAAGGCAAUUUUGUGUCUUUUUCUGAAGAGAGAAUUUAAAAAAAGCAAUGAAAACUAAAUAAUGACAAUAAAAAGCACUAAAACACAGA